AAACAGACCGGCUGAAGACGUUAUAUCAAGAGUUUGGUGGGAGCACUUCUAUGCAUGGUAUUGGCGGAGUACUGACCACCAACCCCACAUGGAAGCGAGUUAUGUGGUCAGUGGUGUUUCUGCUAGGUGUCGGAUUUUCCGUCUACCAGUUUGUGCUCACUAUGGCUGACUACUAUAGCUAUCCAGUUACAACAGUGGUCACCUUGAAACAAGAAAAUACUGCGAUCUUUCCAGCGAUCACGAUUUGUAACCUGAAUCAAAAGAGGAAGUCGAAGAUGGAUGAGUCUCUGGUAUAUGCGACCGGAACGUUAGAAGAGGUAGAGGCCUCUCCUGAUGACGCUAUUAUGAAGGGGUUGCUUCGUCAAGAUUUUUUGGACAAUGGCGACGUAGCUGACCAUAAAAUUUCGGACAUGCUGAUCAAAUGUUUGUUUAACAAACGGCGGUGUUCUGAAGUCAACUUCACUAGAACUGACACUGCGACCUGUGGGACAUGUUAUACCUUCGAAAUAACUGAUCCCCUUCUACAGUGCGUAAAUAGACCCGGUCCACAAAAUGGAUUGACACUGGAAGUCAACAUCGAGCUCUAUGAAUAUCUGCCUGUAUCUAUUAAAGCCGGGGUCUAUGUCAUUGUACACUCACAAGAUGAAACUCCCUUUCCGGAAGAUGGCGGGAUUCUAGCACAUCCUGGUGUUGUCACCAGUAUUGGGAUUAGGCAGGAAAUAACUCAACGACUGCCUUCACCGUACAGCAACUGUAUCAGUGCAAACGGACAAAGCAGCUCUCAACGUAGUUUGUUCCCAAAUAAGAGGUACAUGCAAAAUGCUUGCCUGAAAUCCUGUCUUCAGAUGGCAGUGUAUGAGAGCUGUAAAUGCUGUACUGUAGACCUGCCCUGUGAUUAUUAUAAAAUGUUAAAUGUGGAUAAGACAACAAUAAAUGCUAAUCGCAGUCUGAGACUGUGUGAAAGUUUUGAGGAAUAUUUGUGUGAACUAACAGUUGAAGAUCAGUUUUUGAAAAGUGAACUGGGUUGUGGUGAAAGGUGUCCUCCUGCGUGUGAUCGCACCACGUUUGAUACCGUCGUCUCAUCUGCCUUGUGGCCAUCUGACCUCACUUCAAAGUCUUUCUUGAAAACAGUUAAUGGCUCGCUGGUACAAAACAUGUCUUUCACAAACAGUAAUUCUUUCGAAAGAUUUGUCCAAUCCAACUUUUUAAGGCUUGAAAUCUUUUUAAAUAGUAUGGAGUUCAAAGAGUUUACUACACAGGCUAAGUACGACUGGAACUUGCUGCUGGGAACUGUUGGUGGGCUUCUGGGGCUUUGGUUGGGGUUCUCUCUGUUGACUGCUAUGGAGAUAGUCGAGGUGCUGAUUGAUACUGUGAUUUAUUGCACACACGGACGGGGCAAGCAAACGAACACUCAAAUUGAAUAA